AUGUCAGCCAAUCACGAAGAAACCCCCAAAUGGAUAGCCAAUCGCGCCCAGGAUACUUACGGCAAUCCCACUCAACUAGUACACCUACACAUUACACACUUGGAAUGCAAAGAAACACAGUCCAAGAGCUACCGAUUCCCAAUCCAAAUCAAUGGUCCUUAUCUGUACUCACAGAACGACUGCGACAUCGCGAUCACAGAAUUGUGUUCGCUGUAUCCUAGCUACGGGGAAGUUACAAAUCAACUUGGGGACAUAAGAAAGGAAAUGGGUCAUAUAUUCCCCGCCGAAACGCGACAGGUGAUCUCGAAAGACGGCAAAGUAUUGUUCACAUUCAAAGCAGUUGAGGAAACGAACAAGAAUAUUGCAUACUCGCUGAAUCUCAUCAAACGGCGAGAAGAAUUGGAUCUAUUGGUCCUUUUUUGCACUGUUUCGGGUCCCAAUGACUUGAACAUAGAGCAGUAUGAGACAUCCCAUGACUACAAUUUUCUUUUAGGCCGUCUCUUAGAGAUUUCCAAAGAGCACAAAAUGGAUGUAAAGAGCGUAGACUUCUAUCAACUCGCACGGGCAGAAGGUUUCAUAAAGGCCGAAGCGAAAGACGGUAACACUGGCCUGGAAAUAAAGGGACAGAUUAGGCAGGUUAAAGCGCUGCCGCUUAGUAGGUUGACAGAUAUUCGGAAAUUGGAGGCUUGA